AUGAAUCUAAAAAGACCAUCGGAGCUCUACAAACACCUAAGAGUUUCCAAGAGACAUAUCCUGGGAAAAUCCCAUGAUGACGUCGUUACAUCACUCCCAAAAGACAAUGAUGCCCCAGAGCUACUAGAGUCACGACUUCAAUUCCAUAAACAAUUUAUGAUCGGAGCGCAAAAUAACAGAGUAGGGUUAGGAUCAAGUAGGAAAGUCCAAGAUACGGAUAUAUUGAAGUCUUUUAUUCGGCAAGACGAGAACGAUAAAUACAAGAUCCAUGCAAUGAGUUUAGAAAUGCAAAACGAGUGGUUAGACAUAGGAGAUUUUUGCAUUCCACUAGCACUAAAAUGGCGCACCCUAAUUCAUGACUGGUCGCCAGCCUUGCUAAAAUUUUAUCUCAAUGCGUUCCAGAUGACUCUCCCAGAUCAGAGUAAUUUAGUAAGAUGGGGUAAAGGUACCGAAAAAACUUGCUAUAUCUGCGGAAAGGCAGUUGGAACUGCUAAGCAUUUGCUGGUGGGAUGUAAGGUUCUCCUGGACAGCGGUCAAUACUCGCGUCGUUACGAUAGGGUUUUAGAGAUCAUACGUUUUGUGAGAGAGGGCACCUGGGCUAUAAAAUCAAACGUCAAGCCUUACUCUAUCCUUAAAGCGGCUUCGGAUUGGACUAUCAUUAUGGAUACGUAUGAGAAACAAUACAAAAUCCCCGAGGAUAUUUGUGCGUCGGCCUCCAGACCAGACAUAUUUCUAUAUUCGCGUAUUUUAAAGCGCGUUGUGAUGAUAGAGCUUACGGUGCCUUGGGAAACCAACAUCCCCAAAGACCAUGCCAUCAAGGUCAAUAAGUAUUACGAGCUCACUAACGAACUAACUCGAAAUAGGUUCAUCGUUGAUUUGUACGCGGUAGAGGUGGGAGCGAGAGGUAUAACAGCUAAAUCUCUCUAUAACCUACUAAAAGACUUGGGCCUGUCCAGAACUAACAUUAAUUCAUUCUUGGAACGUACGUCGAAGGCAGCCCUAGUACGUUCUUUUCAAAUUUGGUUAGGUAGGGAGAGGAACUUGGACAGUGGAGGUGAGAGUAUAACGCGCGUUAGUUAA